AGAGAGGGGGGAGGAGGGAGGGAGUGUGAGAGACGCCCCGGGGGCCGGGCCCUCCGCCGCGGGAUGUCGGUGGUGUUCGUGCCGCAGAGACUGCGGGGCAAGUGCGAGAUUAACCAGGCGACCAUCCAGAAGUUACUUGAUGAAAACAACCAAUUAAUUCAGUGCAUUGUGGAGUAUCAGAACAAUGGAAAGGCUGCAGAGUGCACUCAAUAUCAGCAGAUCUUGCACAGAAACCUCAUCUAUCUGGCUACGAUAGCAGACUCCAGCCAGAAUGUGCCCAGUGCCCAACCUGUGGCACUCAGUCAGCCAAUGGCAAUGGGACCAGGAGGAAUGGAACCUGUGGGGAGAACUGCAGACUCCAUGGGGAGUGGAACCCCUCCUCCUGGGGCAGGAAACACUCAUCAAAUGGCAGGUGUCGGAGCAUCAUUUCCCCAGGGCCAGCCUCAUUGCCAACCUGUUACGUCAAACCCCUCAAUAGGCUUGCCUGUCAGCAGUCACAGCAACGUGGGAAGUUUCAACCAAUCGAUGGCUCCGCCACAGAGCCUGCCAGCCCAGGAGCAGAUGGGAAUGAGUCUCGGACAGCCUCUAGGCACUCACCUACAGCCUGUGGCCCAGCAGAACCCAGCUUCUGCACAGCCGCAAGCAGCUCAGGGGGAAUAUUUCAACAACCAGUUUAACCAGACGCAGGCUCCACCAGAGGGAAUGAACCUACAACUUUAUUCAGAAGGUACAUGGUAUGGACCUCAGCAGGGGCAGUUCCCACAGAACUCCAGCUCUCACCAGCAGAACUUCUACCAGCAAUAUCCCACACAGCAGCCGCUGACAAGCACGCCUCAGGAAUUUAAUUCUGCACAGAAUUCUCAAGGACAGUUCAGAAACUUCCAGCAGGAUCCAGGGCAACAGUACGUUGCCUAUAGACCUCAGCAACCUGCUCCCAACCCAGCACAGCAACAGGCAUUCCAGUAUAGUCAGGGAGCUCAGUAUGGGGGCUUUCAGUAACACUUGGAGAUGUGAAUGUUGAAACUGCCAAUGGACUGCUUCAUACUGUGGACACUUGUGUUCUGCAAAUAGAAGUUUAACUUCAUUUUUGUUUUUGCAAACAGAAUUCACUUUAUGACUUCACUGAAUUGUUUUGAAAAUAUUUCUACCUGCUUUCAGUUGUGAUCCACCCAGGCCAAUCAGUUAACACUAAUUUUCAUGCACCAAUACAGAUCUGUUAUUGUUUGGGAGCUUAUGGACAGCCCUGAAACCUCUACCCACCUCUCC